GCCUUCUUUCACUUGAUCUUUGAUUUAUCCUUUACCCCAUCUGUUAUCACUGAGUGUUUUGUUAGCUGCGUCUCCGACUCAAUUCUCGAAGUCCUAUAAAGGCGACCUACGGGGUUUGGCACAAGUUCUUCUGUUUAGUAGCGAAUAUGUCCUUGACGAAUUUGGGGUCGCUCCCAACCUCUUUCGCGAUAGCCCCGACUUGCUCAGCAAACCUAAACCAGGUGUACAAAAUUUAUACAUCUUCGGAGUUCUAUCUACUGCAGGGCCCUGUCCAACAGACUACUUGCUUCCCCAGCAGCUACGCCGCGAGGUCGAAUCAGUAUUAUUCGCCGGCGCAAUGUCCGACAGGCUACACCUCCGCGUGCAAAUCCUAUAACUCCAGGGGAAACACGGAGGAGACCAUCUUGGGGUGCUGUCCGACACACGAGGAUUUCAUAUGCCAAUCAACGUUUUCGCACGAGUGGGAGAGGACGCUCGGUUGUGUGUACCCUCAAGAAAUAGCAACGACGACGGUGUGGACCGUGACACAAGUAUCAGAUGGGCAGACGGCGCGGACCACAUACACCGACGUCGCCGGUGGUAUAAAUGCGUACCAGGUGCAAGUAGGGUAUCAAUCGACGAGCAGCACAAAAACGACUACCACUAAGAAGACCACGAAAAAUCAAUCGCAACCUACUACUACGAAGACUACAUCAUCCACAGGUGGCAAAUCAGGCCAUCGCAAGGGCAAAAGCAGCGGCAAGGUUAGCGGCGGUGCUAUCGCGGGCAUUGUGAUCGGCGCUGUGGCCGGGCUUGCAGCCAUUGGGACGGCGAUCUGGCUGAAGGUGCGGAACGGACCGCAGCGGGAGCAACUAGCGCAGGAUGACGACGACGACGCCACAGCCGACGAGGGCAAAGGUGACGGACAGAAUCGUGAUCCCACCAGUCCCCAGGGUGGCGAUCGUGAAGAGGUGGUCAAAACGUUUGACAACUCGCAACCUAAGGAUCCACGCCCUGGUGACGCGGGAAGUAUGCCUAACAGCGUCCAACCCGAGAGUCAGCCCCCUUGGGAACGGCCGUGGGAGACGGGUACUAUGCGUGACAGCUCUCAACCCGGAUCCCAACGCCCUGAUGACACAAGAGGGAUGCAUGACCAAUACCAGCCUUGGUUCCGAGAUUGACGCGCGGCUACAACCGGUGUAGAGAUUGUAGAUAGGUUCGCAUCUUGUUUGGGCGGGAGACGACUCGCUGAUUUGUUUCAUUUCAUAAAAGCGCUUGAUACCAUGUUGACUAAGGAUAUGUAGGAGAAGUUAGAUGAUCAUACGAUCGAAUCCAUUUAUUUUG